UUCUCAAAAUUUUCGCCCACUUUCCCUUUCUUUUUUCCAUCCAUCCAAACGCUCCCGACUUCACCCAACAAUGGCGGCUCCUUUCGCUUCAGCUGCUCUGCAAACUGCUUCCUUCCAUCGCCAGUAUCCGCCCUCUCCAUCUCCUUAUUCAUCUUCCUUUUUAGCUACAUCCAAGUCUCUCCGCUCGCUGUCCAAUCUCUCCACAUCUUCUGGCGGCUCCUCCAUUCUCAAACUCAAUGCAACCACUCGCCAGACCAAGCCACUGGCUGUUCGAAUGUCCUGGGACGGUCCGCUCUCGUCGGUUAAACUGAUCCUCCAGGGCAAAAACUUGGAGUUAACUGAUACAGUUAGGAGCCAUGUGGAAGAGAAAGUGGGGAAGGCAGUUCAGAAGCAUAGCCAUCUUGUGAGGGAAGUGGAUGUUAGGUUGUCUAUUCGAGGCGGAGAGCUUGGGAAAGGCCCCAAGAUUCGGAGAUGUGAGGUGACUUUGUUUACGAAGAAGCAUGGAGUGGUUCGGGCCGAGGAACAUGCUGAGACACUCUAUGGGAGUAUUGAUAUGGUGUCUUCUAUUAUACAGAGGAAAUUGAGGAAGAUUAAGGAGAAGGAUUCAGACCAUGGUCGACAUAUGAAGGGGUUCAACAGACUGAAAGUGAGGGAUCCAGAGACUCCAUUAGUGGAGGAGGAAGCUGAUGUAGUUCCUCAAAAAGAGGAUGGGGACCUAAUCAAUGAGAUUGUUCGGACAAAAUACUUUGACAUGCCACCUUUGACUGUACCUGAAGCCGUUGAGCAGCUGGAAAAUGUUGAUCAUGACUUCUUUGGUUUUCGAAAUGAAGAGACUGGUGAGAUUAAUAUUUUGUACAAAAGAAAAGCUGGUGGAUAUGGGCUUAUUAUUCCUAAAGAAAAUGGCAAAACUGAGAAAUUAGAGCCUGUGGUGGUAAAGUCAGAUAGGGAACCUUCCUUGGCAGAAUAGAAGAGACAAACAAAGGGCGAUCCUUUUGUAAGAUAACUUGAAGAAGUUAUAUUUUGAAAUCAUCUGACUCUUCUCAAUGGCAUUGUCAUAUGCUUGUGCCAGGGCAUAUAUAGACUACCUGUUUAGGGUUUUAGAUCAAGUGAAGAGAGCUUUUGAAAUGUUUGAAACAUUUUUUUGUCGAGACGAUGAUUUUUGUAAAGAUGAGAUGCACCAUCUGGUGCCCAACUUACUGAGACGAGAAGGAUCAUUAUGUAAUUACAAUGCAUUUGUGUACAAAUUACCAUCUCAGUUAUUACUCCUCUCUUUCUCUA